AGACUUGAACAAUCUGUAUGGGACGUUGUGAUGACAGAGGAAUGCAAACGUAUGACGCUGCGCUCUCAUCAUUACGUGACAAAGAAACGCGCCUCAUAUCCAGAUUGUCUUGGAUUCCGUGACAUAUAUAACAAGAUGAUGUGGUGUAUGCAAGCGUUGCUGCUCAUGUCCGCUGUUUCAGCCGGGUGGGCGGGGGUUUUCACCGAUGACCAGGCCAGUAAAGUGGGGAUGUUUGUGGAGGAGGUAAUGCGGUGUAGACAGAUCCCCGGGCUGACCCUGGCUGUUGUGAAGGGGAAUGAGACGUGGACACGGGGGUUCGGACAGGCGGACAUAGAACAGGGAGUGAACGUCACCAAGGACACGUUAUUUGGGAUUGGUUCAGUGACCAAGGCAUUCACGAGUACCCUCCUGGCCAUGAUGAUUGAUGACAGUAAUGGAAGUUUAACAUGGACAUCAAAGGUGAAGGACGUACUGGGGCCAGACUUUGCAUUUGUGGACGAGGACAGAACAAGGGAGACAACCCUAAGGGACCUUUUCACCCACCGCACAGGCCUCCAGACUGCAGUCUUGGCUAUAUUUGCUGGAUUUGACCGAAACUUCACGAGCGCUAAAUUCGCCAAGCGUUUCCGAUUUCUUCCGGAAGUUCAACCGUUCCGUGACGCGCUAGAGUACAACAACUGGCCGUACGCUCUGCUCGGCCGCAUUGUAGAAGUGUUGUCAGGGGAAUCCUUCACAGAAACUCUGGAGAAACGGAUCUUCAAACCACUGGGGAUGAACCAGUCACGUGUUCUGGGAAAGACAAUUACCCCAAAUGCAACAGGAAUGGCAAAACCGUACUUUUUCGUGGAGAACAAGCUCACAUUAACGGAUCCUUCCAUUUACGACAUACAUCCAGGAGAGGCCGCAGGUGCUAUUGCGAGUUCAGCAGAGGACAUGGCUAAGUGGAUGCACUUUCUACUGAAGCAAGGGGUGACGGAAGACAACUUCAUGUUGGUUAACCCACUAACACUUGCGGGGGCAUUUCAAGCCAUUGAGAGUGUAGUAGACGGUUUAGCGAUGUCCAAACCGGCAUAUCCUGUGAUGGACCUGAAGUAUGGAUACGGUUAUGGAUGGUAUAUAUCGACAUAUAGAGGAUAUAAACAGAUCAUGCAUACGGGCGACUUGAUUUCUUAUCUCAGCUCCCUUGUAUUAUACCCCGACUUGGACAUUGGAAUCUUUAUAAGCGCCAGUGGAGCAGGAACAAUGGAUGAACAAACUGCGGAAAGACUGAUCUCAUUCUAUAUUUCUGAUAUAUUAACAGAUGAUCAACCUUGGCUAAAUUCUUCCACGGCUUGUGCGUUCCCUGUGCUAUCACCCAGCCAAAAUAAUUCCGACGUCACGAAUUCUGAGGUAGAAUGUCUUGAUUGUUAUGUUGGGAAAUACGGUGAUUACCUGUUUGGUGACCUUGAUGUUAGGAGGGGACCAGGGUCGUCAUUGGAACUACACUACGGGAGGGUAAGGGGUUCUCUCAAUACCACGGCGCAUAAAAGUACAUUCAAACUUGAUGUCUGGGAUCCCUUGAGGUUCCUUUCACGGCCAGGCAAUGCUACGUUUCUUAUCCCGGUAAGGUUCUAUGGGUUAAAGAAAGGAGAGUAUUCCAAAGUUGAUCUCGGUUACAAGUAUACAUUUAGCAAGGGUAUCAGCGUUUACGAUGAAAAUAUAGACACAAAUACCAAGACUGGAACUAAUGGGCAGGGCUUGAAGGAGGUUAGCCAUCUUCUGAUUGUGUUCGGAGUAAUUUGCAUUCUCUUGAUCAUGUGAUUGGGACAAAGAGUGCGAUCUUGUUAACAUCCAAAUUCCUAGUUGUAGAAUCUAACAAUUCUGGCAACCAAUGGAACUGACAUUAGUGCUGAAAGACGUUGGAUGUUAGUCACACAUUCACAACCAUCAAACUUAUCAAUAUGAUAGGAUUUUAAUAUCUUGCAUAUGCUUCUCAAAAUGCCCUAACAAGCAACUAGAAUAAGCGAGUGUUAUUUCUGCGGCUUCAGGUUAAAAAACAACACGUUCAUUUAGAUAAGCACUAUAUAAGAUUACGUCUGUUAUAUUUUGUAUUUAUAUGUCUUGACUACUCUGUUACUUAUAGUGCAAAUCCAUUUUUGGUGGACUGCAAAGCAUCCGUGGUUGAAUCUAUAUACGACUUUAAUGUAGUCUCAUUAAACCUUACUUCUCGUUACCGCAAAACAAGAUCUGAGGACGUCACAGGGGACAUUCAACUGAUCGGGGAAAUGGCAGUCGGAAUGUGUUUUCUACUGAUGAAAUCUCGAAAGGUUAACACGGGAUAUUCCGAACGGCAUUUACGGGCUUUACGACCAAGUCACGAGAGUUAUUUUGUUCAAUUAUUAAAUUUGAAUGAAAAUCCUUGUCAAAAAAAAUUUCUGCAAAGGAACUCGUCAGUUGGAAACUGGUCCAGUGUGGCUCAAGAAAGCUGUUGUUUCGUUGGCUGAGGUCGACUUCUUAUCUGUCAUUUCAUUGGUCUCUCUGGCUGGACCUGUAAUGCGUGGACCUUAGAUAUUAUAGCUAAGCGGAGGCGAGAAGCAAAAUCUGUUUAUAAUGAGUUUCACCACUUGCUUGACAACGGCAUUGGAAUCUAUGUCAAAACGUCCCCUAUACAGAAUAAAGAAGUUCUAUAUCGAUAAAA